CGGCCAUGCCGGUUUGACGGGGUGAAAGGUUGCGAAGAUGGCGACGGCCUUGAACGAGGAGGAGCUGGACAAUGAAGAUUAUUACUCGCUGCUGAACGUGCGCAGGGAGGCCUCUUCUGAAGAGCUAAAAGCUGCCUACCGGAGACUAUGUAUGCUUUAUCAUCCCGACAAGCACAGAGAUCCAGAGCUCAAAUCACAAGCGGAACGACUGUUUAACCUUGUUCACCAGGCUUAUGAAGUGCUUAAUGACCCCCAAACCAGGGCCAUCUAUGAUAUAUAUGGGAAGAGAGGACUGGAAAUGGAAGGAUGGGAGGUGGUGGAAAGGAGGAGAACACCAGCUGAAAUCAGGGAAGAGUUUGAGCGGCUGCAGAGGGAGAGGGAAGAAAGGAGACUGCAACAGCGAACCAAUCCCAAGGGAACCAUCAGCGUUGGAGUAGACGCCACUGACCUCUUUGAUCGCUACGAUGAGGAGUAUGAAGACGUAUCUGGAAGUGGCUUUCCGCAGAUUGAAAUUAACAAAAUGCACAUCUCCCAGUCCAUCGAGGCACCCUUGACAGCCACGGACACAGCCAUCCUGUCUGGAAGCCUCUCGACCCAGAACGGGAAUGGAGGGGGUUCCAUUAACUUUGCACUCAGACGGGUCACCUCGGCGAAGGGAUGGGGAGAGUUAGAAUUUGGAGCUGGAGAUCUACAGGGCCUAUUUGGUCUAAAGCUGUUCCGUAAUCUCACACCAAGAUGCUUUGUUACCACAAACUGUGCCCUGCAGUUUUCAUCCCGAGGAAUCCGGCCGGGCCUUACCACUGUCCUCGCCCGGAACCUGGACAAGAACACCGUGGGCUACCUGCAGUGGCGGUGGGGCAUCCAGUCAGCCAUGAGCACGAGCAUCGUCCGGGACACCAAGACCAGCCAUGUAUGCUUUUUCUCUAUCUUCACAGCUGGGAAUCCCCACACUCCUUUGCAUCUGAUCAGCUAUCAGCACAAGUUCCAGGAUGACGAUCAGACUCGCGUGAAGGGAUCCCUGAAGGCCGGGCUUUUUUGGACGGUGGUGGAAUAUGGAGCAGAGAGGAAGAUCUCCAGGCACAGUGUUCUCGGGGCAGCUGUCAGCAUCGGCGUCCCACAGGGCGUCUCUCUCAAAGUCAAAUUAAACAGGGCCAGUCAGACUUACUUCUUCCCUAUUCAUUUGACGGAUCAGCUUCUUCCCAGCGCCGUGUUCUAUGCCACUGUGGGACCGCUGGUGGUCUACUUCGCCAUGCACCGACUAAUCAUCACACCAUACCUCAGGGCUCAGAAAGAGAAAAAGCAAAGGGAAAGCACAGCCACUGACAUUCUGCAGAAGAAACAGAGGCAGAAGCUGCUGUAAUGUCGCCCUUGUUCUUUGGCAGGUUCGGCUUGAUUGCAAGAAUCUGUCCGAAGAAUCAUUGAGGCCGAAGAGUCCAGAAUGGGGCUCAUCAUCCUGAACGCCUGGUACGGGAAGUUCGUCAAUGACAAAAGCCAGAAGGCGGCGAAGGUGAAGGUUAUUGACGUGACCGUGCCGCUGCAGUGCCUGGUCAAGGACUCAAAGCUCCUUCUCACAGAGGCCUCCAAGGCUGGGCUGCCGGGGUUUUACGACCCCUGCGUGGGUGAAGAGAAGAGCCUGAAAGUGCUUUACCAGUUCCGCGGGGUCCUGCACCAGGUGAUGGCCUCGGACAGCGAGGCCCUUAGGAUACCAAAGCAGUCCCACAGGAUUGAUACAGAUGGAUAAAUUGCCUGAAAAACCAGAUGAAAAAGCGGCUGCAAAAACCCUCCCUAGGAGUCUACAAAUUUGGAAGCAGGGAAAACCCCAAACAUCAGAUGUUUUUAUUUUAUAUUAUUCCUAUAGAAGGUGGUACCAUGUCAAUUAUGUGAAGGGACACACAGACACCCCAGCUUUCGUGGGUGUUGGAGGUACAACUGAGGCAGCCCCGCCUGGACCAGACCACAGUACAGAUGUGUCUGUCCCAAGGAUCAUGUCCCUGCAGGGGGCCCUGGGCCCAGACUCGGGGUGCCUGCCCUGGCUUUGCACUGGGCGCUGGUGCAGUUGGCCACCCGCUGGUUCCCGUCUCUGUCCUGAGGUAUUUAUGGAACACCCCACCCUCACACUCAGGAUGUGAACUACUUUUCCUAAAAUCCAAACUGAACGUGGAAAGCAAAAAUGGAAAGGAAGGAAGGAAUUUCCUAUGCUCAGGUCUCAAGGAUCAAGCGAGGCUCUGCUCACUCAGCUUCCCAAAAACCACCUCUUUCUGUUGAAAUAUUACUAAGUGAAUCUGGAGGGGAUUCUGGGUGUCUGAUCUGCUUUUUAUCUGAAACAAACGGGUUUGAAAACUGGUCUCUCUUGUCCCCCUUCCAGGCUUCUCAGAGCAAAGCAUUCCCACUGCCCUUGGCUGGGGACAGCAGUGUCACCCUGGCCUCAGGGCUCAAUCCCUGCCAUGUCCGUUCCUCCCAGCAGUCCCCCGCGUCCUGUGGGGGAAGGGCCCCUCUGGCAGCAGAUCAAGCCCCCAAGCCCCCACGCCUCAGCAGGAGCUGCCUGUGGCCACCCAAAUCUGCAGCGCAGUAUUAGGGUGCAGAGAGCACUGCCAGGAGGGGGGGAGGGGGCAUUAGGUGGUGGGAGGGAACGAGGGCAGGGGUGCAGACAGGUGCCAAACUCAGAUGAGCGAUGCCCCAGGGAGGCCUGCCAUGAGGACCAGGGCUCGUCACCUGCUGCGCCCACACCACUGGCGGGCCACCUGGCAGGGGGGCACUGCUGCUGCCGCUCAGAAGGGCCCAGCUGAGCACUUUCUCGGGUCCAGCCCUCCUCACGGAGGCUCCUGGGUGGGUGGUGGGGACUGGGGUGUGACUGCCCCUAAGACCCCCUUCUGGGGGUGCAGAAUAUUUACACCCAAGGAGCCUGGUCUGUCAUCUGCAGUAAACGGCCUCCUGGUGCAGUGGCCUGUCAUGUGUCCUGUAACUGGGUCAACAACAGUUCUACGGCCCAGGGAGGCGAUGUCGGGGGUCUCAUCACCCCUGCAGCUCUUGCUGAAGUCACCCUCCUCUGCCCUGACCCUGGUUUCUGAGAAUCAUCCGCGUGGCCCUGCCCUCCAGUUUUUACACAGUUCAGGUUGUAAAAUUCUGUGCUAUUUAUCACCAUUAAAAGAUUCUCUGACCCGAGUCUCUGAAUGAAUCGUGCAAUAAACCGCAUGUCAUGAACCUUGGACUUUGGAAACGGGCUUGUGUUUCCUCUGCUGCAGGUAGUUCUUUGGGACACCAGCUCUCCUCAUUUUGUUUGAAGGUGAUUGUUCGGAAGGCUACUCUUACAUAAUAAACUUUUCCUGAAGGCUGGGGAUAGUA